AGAAGGAUAGAAAGUAAGAGAGAGCAAGAGUAAGAGAGUGCAAGAGUAAGAGAGAGAGAGAGAGAAGUGGAGUGACGGAACGAGGCAGAAAACAAAUCACACACAAAUUAGUUAGAGACAGACACAGAUAGGAGCGAGUUUAUAAAGAGCCAACUGACCAAUCCAACACCCAAACAGUAAACAAUGGACAACAGUUUAAAAGGAUUACCUUUAUAUGACCCAGCUCUGAAGGAGCUAAAGCUUUGGUAUGAGAGCACUGAAGACAAAGGGACCAAAGAACGACUUCUGAAAAUCUUGCAGAUGCACAUCAAGCGUGACUGUUAUGCACUGAACUUAAACACUCCGGUGACACCAGUUCGUCAGGAAAUUCUUCAGUUUACUAACACCAAUAAUUGGGAACUUUUGGCCCAGCAGAAAGUCACACAGUAUAGGCUGGGCCCUAAUAUGGCGUCGGGAGAAUGGGCAGGUCAAGUCCUCAAGAUGCUGGUCAGCAUGCAGAAAGCCAAAACUGUGAUAGAAAUUGGCAUGUUUACUGGAUUUGCAAGUUUGUCCAUGGCUGAAGCCCUUCCGGCCGAUGGGCAGCUGUUUGCGUGUGACAUUGAACCCUACCUUGAGAAAUCUGCUCGCAGCUUCUUUGAUAAAAGUCCACAUGGCAAGAAAAUCACCAUCAAAAUUGGCCCAGCCCUGGAGACAUUGAAGACCCUGGCAAAGGAAGGUGUAAAGGCAGACUUUAUCUUCAUCGAUGCAGACAAGUCUGGAUACAUAGAUUACUUCAAGUCAGUGUUGGACAAUAACAUAUUGGCCCCACGAGGAACCAUUGCUUUUGAUAACAUCUACUGGUUUGGUGAACCUUAUCUUCAAAAAGGCUGUGAAAAUACUGUGAUGGCGAUUGUUCAUAAAGCAAUUAUUGAUGACCCACGUGUUGAACAGGUAUGGAUACCACCUUCCCCUUCAUCUUCUCCAUCCAUUGUUCCUGGGAGGGUCUUGGGUUUCGGGGAAAGGUCUAAGUCGAUUACAUAAACCCCUGCACUCAAU